GGAAUUCCUUCCUAGGGAAUUUUGUUUCCUAAACGUUUAAUUCGAAUUACUGUAACACGUGCUAUAUAUAUAUAUAUAUUAUUCUAUAUCGUAUCAUAACCUCUAAACCACGAAUUUCCCGCCAAGUAUAAUUAAACAACAUAUGCUUUUUAAUUGUAAGAAGCGGACAUGUCUGAAGAAACGCCGGAAGGUGAAUUUAGAUUACGACCAAUGAAUUGUGAAUUAAACCAACUUUCAAUGCCUGAUGGAUCGGCAAUGCUAAUGCAAGGAAAUACUGCUGUAGUUGCUGGUAUAUAUGGGCCGAUAGAAGCAAAACCACAAAAAAUGAUUUAUGAUAAAGCAUCAGUCGAAGUAUCAUACAGUCCUAUCAAAGGUCCAGCAAAGGUGGAUGACAGAAUGACAGAAAUGUAUAUCAAAGAAACUUGUGAAGCUGCAAUAAUUGUUACUUUCCAUCCAGCAACUGCUAUAUGCAUUAAUAUACAAGAAUUAGAAGAUUCUGGUGGGAUAUUAGCCUGUACAAUAAAUGCAGCAUGCUUGGCACUUAUUAAUGCUGGUAUUCCAAUGAAAUUUACUAUUGCAGCAGUGAAUUGUAUGAUACAGGAAGGCACUGAAAAUAUUAUACUAGAUCCUGAUACUACUCAAUUACAGGAAGCUAGAGCAGAAUUUACAUUUGCAUUUGAUAGUAUGAAUAAAGAUGUUAUAUGUUGUAAUACUGUUGGUAGUUUUACGGAGACAGAAUUUUUGGAAGCAAUGGAAAAAUGUAAACAAGUUAGUCAAUAUGUAUUUGAUUUCUAUAGAAAUCUUGUAAAAAAGUAUGCAAAAGUGAUAUAAUAUAUAUAUAUAUUGUUUGCAAAACAUGUUUUAAAUA